UUUAGAAUGCUGCAUUGAAAAUUUCCUUUUAUGUUCAUUGCUUACUGCGUAAGUGAAGAAGUGCGUAAAUUUUCCUCCCCUUAUCAUCUCCUUUACUCUUUUAUUGAGGCUCGCCCAAUUUGCUCAUUUGAAGAUACAAUUUUGUAAAUAAUCGUGUUGCUAAAAUAUACCUAUCACUUUAUCAGUGUGUCCUGUUACCCUCUGAAAGUAUUGUGUAAGAAUUCAGCUGUCAUCAGUGUAUUCUGUUUACCACAUACCAUUAUGAUUCCAGAUAAUCAGGCAGACCUAUCAAACUCCUCUCAUUGUUGAGUGCUUGACCUGUUUCAAAAUUAGCCGAUUCCUCUUUGCUCUCGAGUAUUUCAGAAUGACAAAUAUUUUUGCCAAUAGAAAACGACUUCGUGAAAAUGAAGAUGAAGAUAAACCGGAUUGUAUUCCUCUCUCUAAGCGAAUCAAUAACCUCCAUAUCGAUGCGGGUACCAGUUACAAUGGUCUUUCCAUGAUGCCACUUUGUAAACACUCUUGCUCUAGUCAGGUUGAUUCAUACUCGCCUAUGAAACAGGAAGCCACAGCAUACAAUGACUGUGUAUCGUUGUCUAUAAGUAAUUGUAAUGGCUCAUCGAGAUCAAAUGAGAGUGCUGCUCCGCAGUUCUCAUACAAUCCAGAUCUCUCGGCUUCAGACAACCCCCACUACUAUGAACCAAAUAGAUUGUUGUAUAAUUUGUAUAUCGAGAGGGUGCAAAGGAGUAAUGGCGCAGCCAUGCAUGUACCGUACUGAGGUGCCUUGAGACUGAUUAGCCCUAAGGCCAAAUGCUGUUAUGAUAAGGUGAUUUUGGCCUUACUGAAGAGCUAGAUCGUUUGAAUAAAACUACAAAAUACUGACCAAUCAGUGAUUUCAUGCUGGACUUGCGGGAGAGUUGGAUUGUUCCGAAGUUUUCAAUUAUCUCAACUACAAACGCCCAUCAUUAUUCAUGCCUUUGUCAUUGGUGGGCUUGUGAGACUUCAGAGAGCACUGUUUCAGGAGAGUGGAAUAUUCUCAUACUUCCUCAGGCAUCUCCAUAAUUUAAAGGAAUCUUCAGUUUAUUUUCUGAGGCGCAGUUCUGCCACCAACAAAAUUUGAAUCUUUCUUGACUCAAAAGUCUAGUUGACUAUUAAUCUCGGCUGAAAUAUAGCAAGUUGCAAUAUUGCUGUACAUGUUAAAUUCUCUCAUAAAAAUUAAUAAUAAUACCAAAAAUUUCCUUCUCUGCUUUUAUGUGCCUGCUCAGCUAUGAUGUCAUAUAAAAUUUAAUUCCAAAGUUUAAAAACAAAUUUCAAGUCCUUACUGAGUCUGCCUUUAUAUUCCUUCAGCCCCCAUAUAUUUUUAUUCAUCUAGCUUAGUGUGUGAUGAAACAUUUUGACGGUGAAACUCCCAAACCUUGUAUCUUGGUUUGCGACAUCGUAGACUUCCCAUUAUGUUUUACUUUUUAAAAACAGAACUACUCAACGUCAAUUCUAAUAUACCAUCUUGAUAUUUCUUCUCUGUGUGAAGCGAAUUGUGAAAAAAACUUCAAAGAACGAAGUUUAUUUGUUCACCUUUAUAAAAAUAAAAUUGGAGUAAAGAUCUUAAACAUUGCAAAAGAGAUACGUGUUAUGGGAGUUUUGUCAACGAUUUUCUGCUCAUGUGGAAUUUACUGUGUCAACAGCAUCUAAACUAACGGAAAGUUUUAAAUUUAACUUUUGAAGUUUCACUCGGAAAAUGCUUACAGGCUUCCCUUGACAAAAACUAGGUUUUUGUGGAGUCGCUGCAGUAUCAAAGUGCAUAUUUUUAUGCCGUAAAUUUGUUCUUGAGGGUGGUAUAGAAGCAUAUUACAUGAGGCAGAUAUUUGACAAAUGAUUAUACAGCUAAUAAAAAAAUGAGUUUCUAUGAAUCUACUAAGAAAACUGAAGUGAACAGAAAAUGCACUUAUUCCUAUUUUUGUAUAGAAAAUCAAUUCUCCUUGUACCUCUAAAGUUUCACAGCAAAACUCUAAUUUAUUGAUUGAUUUUGUCCAAUCCGUACAAUUCCUUUGAAGCUGGAUGAUUAGUAUCCUAUACUCUCAGGAUCUAAAGCAAUUAAAACGGGUGAUGAUUGUGAUUUUAUCUUCCUCUCGUCCUUAAAAUAAAUUUGGCUGUCCAUACCCACUGUAUUCUUUGGACCCAUCUAAAAGACGAGCAUGACCUGUGCUUUUAUUUUGCCUUUGCUGUUUUUGUCUUUGACCUCUGAAGUCCACCACCUGCCUCUGACUCUGAGCCUUCAUUGUUCAGUACCUGUAAUUGGCUUAAUUAUCUUAGAAGUGCUUUUGUUUAAGUUUAUCUUUGUUUUUAGUCUGUAUUGACGUUUCAAUUUACCAUGGAAAUCAUUAUUCUAGAAAUUUCAAGCAUAAUGUCAGGUUUUUUGCAAAUACUGCAAAUCUGCAGUCAAUCAUUUAAUCUUAUCUCCCUAAUACUGUGUCUAUUAGCAUUGCAAACCAGAAUACUAAAAAAUGUUUAGACAUGAAAAGAAUAUCAUUCCACUAAUCUGUUCUCUAAUUUUCACUCCUGGCAAAUUAUGCCAAAAAUGUUUUUUUUUUGUUGAGUUUAAAUCCAGCAAAAAAUUAUUGUCUAAGUUCCUGGACUGCAAAAUCAUGAGUAUUUGAGUGCAUGCAAGGUAAUUCUAAAAUAAUUAUCUUUCAAUGCGAUGAAUCAUCCAACGAUUGGAUGACAGUUUACAUGGGACCGUACAUUUGAUCGCUUGCGCUUUUUGUUUUAAUUUUAAGGUAGAUAGGGCCUUUUUUGGGAAGGAGUUGAAAUCGUUGAAUGGGCAUGAAAUACUUCUAUUUUUGAGUGUAAAGUUUAUGUUCUUCCAUAUCUUUUUUUGGUGUAAUUUAAUGAUAGAGUAGUUUCAGAGUAGUUUCAAGAUAUUUUAUUCACAGGGUUUUCUGGUGGUCUGAAAAUAAUUGAAUAUCAGGGAAUUUACAGUGACCCAGAAAAGUCAGAAAACUCACAGAAAUGUCAGGAAAUUUUUCGAGUAGUGUGUCGGCUCAGCAGCUUAAUUAAAAGAAAACAAAUCGAAGUGCACAUUUUGUUCAAAGGUUAAGAAAUUCGGAAAUUUCGGAGUCCCGAAAAAAUAAACAAAGUUAAGGCAUUGAAAACGAUGAUAUUAUGGAAACCCUGAUUGAUCAAAGCUCUGAUUUUCUCCGGUUGCUUCAUGUGUAAAAUCUGUUACCAACAAAAGAAGAAAUCAAAUUUGCUACACCAUGUGUUGUUUGUUUUGAUGUCAAAGUAUUUUUCUCUUGUGACACCAUCAGGUGGUCCCCAUCAAUUAGAAAAAAAUGAAGAAAAACAGCCCAUUCUAGAUUGUCCUCUUAUUCAGUACACUAUUAAACUAACUGGCACUGUCAGUUGGAUGAUCUGUCGCAUGGUGCAAAACUUGACUUCUCCGAAUCAAACUAAAAUUCUCAACAGUUGGAACAUUCAAGUUAGCUGUAUCAUCUAAAAGUAUUUCCUUUGACAGACAGAAGAGAGAAAAAAAAAUAGAACCCUUACUUCAGUUAAAAAUUGUGGUUACAGAGUCAGUAGUGCAACUUUGUAUGAUGCGAAAGAUCUGUUUUUUCUUUAUUUCUCAUUAAUUUAUUGUCAAUAUCGUAUCAAAGUUGCGUACUUUGUCUAAGUAGCAAACACCAUAUUUCGUAUCCCUAGUUUUAAAAUAGUCACAAAAGGAAUGAAAUAAAAAUUAAUUAUGAAAGCAAAAACCAGACAUUUCUGAAAAGACUCACUUCUAAAAUGCUCGUGGUUUCUCUUUUCAUCAUUUCUACUUCUUCUUCUGUUAAUGAGUUGUUUUGAUAAGUAGUCCAUAAAAACUUUCGGAUAAUUAAAGGACCACUUAAAAAGUAUUUAUCUUUCCUCCCCUCAGAAAUAAUUUUCCUUCUUUCAAAUUGGUUUAUGUUAGUGUGUUGCUCUUCAUUAUUUAACUUUAAUGAUAAUGAUGUAAAUAGUAGGUACUUUGUUCUUUCAAUUAUUAUGAUUUUAUCAAUGUUUAUUGUUUUCCAAUUUAAAUUUUAAUUUUAGAAUCAUAGAAGAAAGUACUGGGAUGUUCAGAUGUUUGCAGAAAUACAUUUGUGCAGGAAAAAAGAAGAAGAAAAAAGAAAAAACAUCAUUCAUACAUAUUGGACUUUUACUUAGUUGUAUGUAUUUAAUACACUUAAAAGAAGUGAGACUUCAUCGCUAAAAAGCUUGAUCAUCUGAUAAUUCAUUUCCGUCUAAAUUAUGAGUGAACGGUUCUGUUGAAAAUUGUAAAUUAAUGCUGGUCGUAACCUCUUUUUCCCUGUAAUUCAGCUCCAGACUUUCAUCCCUUCAAAUGUUUUUUAAACGAAAAAUUUAAGUAACAAGAACAAGUUAAUUUUGUACUCCUUGGCAGCCCCUUAUGCUAAUGAUAAAUUUACUGAGUUAUACGAUCUUGUUUUCUAUAAAUUUAGGAGUUAACCCAUUGAUCAGCCAUCAAUACUAAUCUGUUUUAGUUAAAAUUAAACCAAAAGUUCAUUUGAGGUGGGUCAAAAAAUAUCUUGUAUGGGAACUGAUAACUGAAGUAUUUUUUGAAAAGCAUCAGUUGAGGAUUUGCUGAAACUAGUUCUUAUCGGUAUCUAAAGAUUUUUUUUUAACAUUUAACUUUCUUUGAGAAACAGGUUGUCAACUAAGUCAUUAACUUUGACGUGCCAUGCAACCGGCAAAAAUUGGCACCCCAAUCACCAACUUUUGACGAUAGAUUGCCAAGUCUUGCUGGUUGCUCUGAGCGCCAAAAAUUAAUGAUUUCUGACAGCCGUUUUCUCAAUGUUUGUUACCUACCUCUAAUAAUUCUUAAAUUGUAUAACAUAAUAUGUACCUCUCUUUUCAGACAUUUUCUUUUUUGAUCCAAAAGCUCAAGACUAUGUUAUUGUUGAUGUAUAUUUUGAUAAUCUCAGAUCACACUGCUUUGUAAGGCGGCUGAGAACUGUACUGUUUUUUUCUUUCUCUGAAAGUCUUUAACGAUGAACAUCUUUGACUUUAAAACUAGAGCUAGUCAGGUACUUUUUUCUUUAGAUUUUUGACCACUUGAAAAGGAAGAAGCAAGAUCUUGGUAUAUUAGUGCCCAGAUCUCUGCAAUUAUUAUUAUACUUAUCCUUUUUUGUUCAUUUCCGUAGUGUAGUCAUUUUUGUAAUACUAAAAGAUUCUCUGUUAAACCCCUCAUUAAAGUUAAGUGAUUCUUUUAAAGGA